CAAGACAAUGUCAAAAGUCAAAACUGAAAGUUGAUUUCAAUCUGAGGUUAUUUUUAUUUAGAAGAAAUAACAAAAUGACAUUAUUUAAAUUAAAGGCUGCGUCUUGUGUGUUAAUAGAAGAUGACUGUGAUAAAAAUGUGCUUCCUCUAAUUUCGGAAUUAGUUGAAAAGUCAAGUUUGAACAUACUGUGCUAUGAACAACCUAUUUGCGUCUGGCAAAACAUUUACUCAGGAAAUUCACUGCAAUGCUUCAAAGAUUCGCAGCUAAAAGAAUGGCAGAAUUCAUCAGCUGUUAAAACUGUUCAUAUGAUAGAUUCAGUGAAUCAAAUGAUAUUAGAUGUAGGCUGGGAUAACUGCUUAACAUGCUUAAGAAAUCUGCUUUCAACACCUGAAGUGGUUAAACUUAUUUUAAUAUUACACCGGGAUUGUCUAACAAAUUCCAAAAUACGGAUACAGUUAACUCAUUUGGCAAAUGCUAUUGUGUCCUAUGAUAAAAUAAAAUCUAAUAAAAUAAGAGUUCAAAUAAAAAAAGGUGGUAAAUUGUGUAAAAGUGAAGAGAUUAUUUCAUACAAUGCGUUAACAUCAACACUAAAUCUGACACCCAUUGUAAAGGAUAUUGUGAGUGUUGAUGAACCAGAAAAAGUAUUACCAAAUGAGUUAUCAACAUUUAAAAUCGAAAUAGACCAAAUACAACAAUUGGAGAAGAACAAAUUGAAAUUGCCCUAUAUGAGUAAAAUUAAUGAAGGGAAAGGUAAAGUUUAUUAUGAACCAGAUGCAGUGGACGACUGGGAUGAUGAGGAUCCUGAUGAUGAUUUAGAUAUAUGAAUAUACUUUGUUUGGUACCUUA